AUGUCCUUUAAUACUAGGUAUAAGGAUUUAAUAUCUAGAAAACCACCGUCGAUUGGUCACAGUGCCAACAACGUUCUUCCUGCGAAUGGACAGCGCCCUGCAUCUUAUAUGGCCCGGAACUAUGAAAGAACCAACGACGUAACGAAUCAUCCUGAGGUAUCUACAACAGGCAAGUUACUUUCUAAUAAUGUCCAGGGUUCGAGGGAAAUUAAACUUUCACAAGUGGUAGAAGGGCAUCGAGCUGAAGACAAGGUUGAAGAGUUAGGUACGUUCAAAGUAGUCUAGAAACAAAAGGCCAUCCUAACUUUCACUUCAGACUAUGCGAGGCAGUUUCUGUUUCAAAUGUAACUGUUCCUUUUAGAACCAGAUGAUAUUUCCAAAACGUUGAUGCCAGGUUCCAAGAAUAGUAUUGCCCCAUCUCCGAUGCCAGGUUCUAAGAGGUCAGCACUGCCAGUAAGGCUAAAUUCUCCAAUGGCUGCCGCAGCUGUAGCUGAUGUGCAAGGUGCUGUGGUGGAGAAAGGGGUUGAAGUCAUGGGUAAAAUGGUUGAUAAACAACUACAGAUAAUUGAUGAAGCACAACAGAAGGCAGAAGAUUUCUUAAAGAAAGAGGUGGGUAGUUGUUAUCCCAGCAAAAUUCAAAUAUAUUUUGGACUUAAGUUGCAGAGGUUGGUCUCUUGCUGAAUUUGAUUCUUCAUAUGACACCCAUGAUUGCAGCCAGUGGUCAGAUCUUAUCCUUGAACCCGGGCCUCCAAAUGGUGAUGCCAACGCAGUGUCCACUUAGCACAAGAGAGAUUCUCUCUUGCUUAGCAAUACUUCUCUGAUACUAUUUGAGCUAGAUAUCCUGUUCUUCGCUAUAUUACACUUGUGGCAUUCGUUGCCAACUACCACCUCGGUUGUAAAGUGCAUUUUUACGUAAUUUCGUCGUGGUAGAGUGAUUCAGUGUUUAUCUCGAUUAUAGAUUAAGCUGGAUAUUAUACCUGAGAAAGGCUGGAAAUCAGAAGAUAUGUUUGUACCCGCGGGAUUUCACAUGGAUGCAUCAAUAAAAGAUGACGCUGGGUCCCCAGCAGAACCUGAACCAGCAGCAUUUAACUACCCAGCAGGCCUCGGGAACGUCUUAAUGAAUGGUUGCUAUGGGACUGGGUACAAGGAAGGAGAUCCUUGCUAUGUGGCAAAGUGGACUUUAGACGCCUGUUUGGUAUGAAUGCUAUGCAGCAGCGGAGCUAUAAAUCUUUGACUUUAUCUUAUUCAGGGAAAAAAGUAACACUGUUUUUGAAUACAAAAAUAAGGGAUAUGUUUUUGAUCAACGAAGUGAAAAAUCUAAAACAGAGAACCCAAAAUGAGUGGGGCCAGCUCUCAGGCUUCAUCACAACUACUUAAGCUGUGUUUAUAACCGCGAUUCUCCGUCGUCUAUUAAGAAGUUGUCCCGCAGUUGACAGAUUUAAAUGGACUAUGUCACGAGGGUAUUGCUAUGGUAAUGGCAUUACGAAGAUCACAAACAAAUUUCAUCAUGAAGAACUUACCAUACUAUUUUUUCGUUGAUAUUUGCAGGCAUAGUUUAAAACCUGGAAGACGUUGACCUAACUUUUUCAAGUUACAAUCAAUGUAUAUCCUUGCUCUAAAAGACCACAAGAGACAGUUUCAAUGUCUAAAUAUAGUCUUAAAUAACCAAAGUAGACCAUUUUUUUGGAAUUAAAAUGAAGAGAAGUCAAGUUUUAGCUUUUUAACAAGACACCAAAUAGCGUGACAUGGCCCCUUUAAACAUACAAAUUUUGCAUUUUUCCUUUAGUUAUAGCCGUCUUAAGCAAGCACUGAGCUCCCAGUUGGCAUAUAACCUCGGCUGGUUAGAGCACUGCACCGGUAUCGCAGGGUAUUGGUAUCUAAUGAAAUAAGAGGCUUUAAAGAGGUGCGAAAAUUGGCUUGUUAGCUUAAUUGGUAGACCGCUGCACCGGUAUUUUAGAGGCCAAGGGCUCGAAUCCCGUACAAACCUGAAUCGUUCAGGCUUUCUUUUCUGACGAACUGCAAAAGUAGCAUGUAUACCUGCGAUGAUCUUCCUUUAUUUAAUUCUAACACAACCCGGCCGUGAAACCAAAUAAUAGUCGCGUAAGUAUGAAUUACUAGCUAAUAUUCUCUUUUCCGACAGAACAUGAUUGAUGGUGCAGCCUUCAUGGGAGUGGGUUUUGAUGGGCGUGGUGAGUACAGCCCUGAAUCAAGGAAAAUGAGCCUCGUACAACGGAGUUGCGCUGGAAAAGCAACGUAAGAAUUCCCUAAUUUUUAUGCACCGUUAAAACAUGCCGCCGUACAUUUGUACUGCUACGGUGAUGCUUUCAUUGUUUUCUAUACAAAUGAAACAGCAAAAACCUCAGUUUGUUACUCCAAAUAGAGUUAUCGUUGUUACACAAUCUAUUGACCCAUAUGUGAAAAAGAACAGCUGCCAGACAACACUAAUAAAACUAGUAGAGGACUGGAAAAGGUCACUGCAUUACCAAAAGGUACUCGGGGUUUUAACAACAGACUUAUCAAAAGCCGUCGAUUCACUACACCCGCUGCUAUUAUUGGCGAAGCCGAGCGCAUAUGGUUUCACCGACGAAGACAUAGGACUGUUAGGAUCGUACUUCUCAGAAUGAACAAAUAGCGUUAGAAUUGGAACUGAGACUUCAAGCGAAUGGAGAGAAAUGUUUAGAGGAUGCCUCGAAGGCUCAAAUUUUUGGCCUCUCUCAUUUAAUGUUUUCCAAAACGACCUGCUCUACAACAAUGGCAAAAGCAGCAUCAAGAUGUACGCAGAUGACCAUGAAAAGUAUGUUACCAGAGGAAAGAUGACGAUCAAAGUCCUCGACAAAUAUGCAGAAAGUGGCCCAGAUAUGAAGCUAUUGUGUGUCACUUUUGAUAAGCAUUAGAGGUUUCAUUAGUAGGUUGAGUAUGACAGUCCGAAUGAACGUAGUCCUGAAAAGGAUUCCAUUCAGGACUAUGUUCACCCGGACGAUCAUACUCCACCUACCCAUGAAAUAACUCCUCGACAAGUCCUGAUGAGAAUGAAAAAUUUAAUACCAACAUUAGCGAAGCUAAGAAUUUACAAAUCUUUUAUUUUGUCAGAAUUAACUUAUUGUCGGACGGUCUGCCACCUUCAUAGAAAAUCUGAUAGCAGAAAGAUUGAGAGACCCCAAGAGAGAGCGUUAAGAUUAGUAUGUUGCGAGAAAACUAGUGCAUAUGAUGAACUUAUUGUAAGGGCUAAACUCCCCUCACUGCUGAACCGUAGGCUGCAGGAGAUAGCAAUAACAAUGUAUAAAGUCAAGUAUAAUUUAUGCCCUAGUUAAAUAUUAAAUUUUAUAAGAACAUUUUCAGACUAAUGAGGAAAAUGCAGGGCUUUUUACUGAAAUUCAGAGGGAAAAAUUCAUGUUUCUUGAGAUAUUAGUCUGGAUUCCACUACAUACCUGACAGGCUCCAAGUGUACAAAGGCAAAGAGUGAUAUUAUAAAUCUUUGCCUAUUGCUGAUUUUAGGUAUGAUGACUAUGACGUUCCAGACACUAUGAACGUACACGGUAUUUACGACACUAAAGCAAGUAUGAUGACUUUUGAGAGCCGCUCCGAGUUCCAGUCCUUUCUGCAGGCGGAAGCUGGUAUAUCAGGUUCAUAUUUUGGAUUCCACGCAGGCGUAAAAUCGGCAUGGGGCGAGUCAAAAUCAGGUUCAAGUCAAACGUAUAUGGCUUUGUUAAGCGUCGACAUUAACAGGUAAAAUCAUAAACUCAAGGACGCCAGAGCGAAUCCUUACAUCUCCUCAGAUUUACUUGAGUAAGGCCGAGUUCAUACGUCGUGCUCCUGCCGUAACUUAAUUCAAUAAUUUAAUUCGACAAAAGGGCACUGAAAGCACAACAAAACCACGAGGACUGAAUCAGAUAAGUUUUGAAUUUGGUUCGGCAGAAGAGUGACGUUCGAAAUGGUCUGCCGUGCUACACGACUCUGUCACGGCAGUUAUUCAAACGUCUUCCUCGUGAACCCCGUGCCAAACGAAAUUCAUAAAUAUAGGAGAUAGGAGAUAGGAAAUGUAUAUUCUUCUUUACUUGCAUUUAGCGCUGACUUGAUUGAUACUGCGUUCGCAAUAAAAACCUAUUUUCGACUCUGGUACGACAUGUAAUUACAGUCGCGCUUCUGCCGUACUUCUGUGUUGAACACAAUAAAAAUUGAGUUCGACACGGCAAAAGCACGACGCAUAAACUGGGCCUAAAUUCUGAAAUUUUAGUUUAAAUUUUAAAUUUUGUAUCAGGUUAGAGUCAAAUAGAAACUUAACAAAUCAACAGGCAGCUGGAUUUCCUGACGAAAUAGUGCGCUUUCUUGCCUUUAAAAAAGGAGCCUGCAAUGCACAAAUUCGAAGAAUUUUGAAAAUCGCUUUUCGUUUCAAACCAGUUCGUACCCAAAUAACCCUUUAACUGUUUCUGUGACGAACAUUGUGAAUUGCAGAUAUGAAGUGUUUCUGGACGAGGUCAAACCCCAAGACUUAAGUUUGUCAUUUUUAAGAGAGUUCAUGGAGCUGCCGACAACUUACUUUGCUGCAGGAGCGCCGCUUAGAUUUCGUAAGUACAUCUUUAGUGGCAUGAGAUACCAACUGAGAAAGGAUCAACUAAAGAUCUGCAUUUCUCUUGAAAUGAUUUUCAUUUAUUUUUCUUUACAAGAGUUCUUAUCUUCAAAAUGUGUUAUGAUUUACCCGGUGGUCGACACAUUAGGCAUUUUGAAAGUCUUAUGUGUUCAAACAGAAAUUAAUAUGAUCCAAAUCACAUCCACCCUCCAAACACCAAUAUCAGUAAUCGUACCUCAACACUUUAAGAUCCAAUGUAUUACCCGGCAUCUACUCAUGAAUUCUGACGAAUUUUAUUCAGGAGAUUAAGACGAUAUUUUUCAUGUUAAUUCAUUUCAGAAAGUAUCGAUAACUUUGCAACAGAAAAAGCAGGUUUACUUGGAGACCGUAUAGUUUUUAAAGUGCAAUAGUUAUAUAGCUCGUCAACGGUCUUUGUCAUUUUCUUUUUCAGUUGUAAGCUUAAUCGUGCGCAACAUAAAGAAGCAUUGCUAUCAUUUUGAACUAACUGACCAAUGAAACGUCCCACUGAGUCACGUGUGAACCAAAUAACAGCAGCAUAACCUCCAGAAACAUUGUUUUCAUAUUUGAUUUUUGGCAGCUUUCAUUACCAGUCUCCUUUACUAUGGUGUUCUCACAAUAUCGUCAACCUUUAAAGUGCAGCAGUUUAAAAAUUGUUGUUCCUUUUGCCUUCCCUAUGCCUUUUGUACAAACCAAAAGGAUGCUGUAGGUAACCAAGUCAUGGGGGAAUGGUCAAGUACUUAAGAAUAACCGUUUCUUUUGCCUCCCUUUUUGUUUUCUCCCUUUUGCCUACGAUUAUCAGUUUAGCAUGACAUGCGGGAAGUUUUGCACCUAAGUUUUAAAAGUUUCCAUUGAAACCAUCUUGAAGCUUUCAUUGAAACCGUCCUGUGGUUUUGACGUCAUCAGUCGUCUGUGCGCGCGAAAUCGCUUUACAUUUCUUUGAGGGAAUGGCGGAGUAUUAAGUGAAAGUUGAAUACAGCUAUUUCUAGAAAGGUUGUCGGAAAUAGCUGUAUACAGGAAAUCAAAGAAUAAAUGAACAGAGGUGGAUCAGCUUUAUGAUUCCAGCUGGGUUGGAGAAUUCCGGCUAUUAUUCCUUUCCGUCUCUAGUGCAAGACAUAACGAGUAGAUGCGUUCACAAGUUUUUAGUCUUGAGACUUCGUUACUUGGACGAUGAAGACAACUGGCUAUAUCUAAAAAACAACGAGGAGCGAGGCUUUCAGGAAUUGGUAUAGGUUUUGCCUUCCGAAUUAUGCCUUUCCAUGGUUGAACGAGCGUAGCACCUACGCGACAACGCAUACUACUACACCGAUAUAAAAAAGCCUUCAGUGACUAAGAUCUGGCGUUAGAUGACGUCAAUAACACAAGACGUUUCUAAUGGAAACUAGUAUCCGACAACACCAAACUUAGGCGCGAAAUUUCCCUCAUGUCAUAAUCAACUGAUAAUCGCAGUAAGGGUUGGUGUGGGUAACCAACUCAGGGGAAAUUGUACAGUACUUUCAUUGAAAGUACAAGUCAGGCGACAAAAACUCAUGUAAGAGGGCAACAUGCAGGAUGUUUUGACAGAUCAGUAGAAAAAACUCGAAAGGCACGAUAUAUGUUUUUUUUCUACCCUGCAGUGGAUUUCAUAUUAAGAUGGGGCACGCAUUACAUUAAGUCAUCCAAGUUUGGAGGCCAGCUUCAAAUUCGCAAGUUCAUGGACGCAAGUGACGUUUCAAGUAAAAAAGAAUUUGCUGUGGAAAUGGAGAUGGAAUACAAAUCGUUAUUUGCUAGUGUAGGCGCAAAGGCGAGCGUUUCAAAAGGAGAAUCUCAAAGAAAACAAUCCAAAACUACGUCAACAACUGUUAUAGCACUUGGUGGAAGUCACGAGGUUGCCUCCAUCCUGUCUGACGCCUACUCACCCACCUUUAAAUCAGAGUUCAAAGAAUGGCUUGUUUCUAUACCCAAAUACCCCAAGCCUUUUCUUUUCCAGAUCGGUUCUAUCACUGAUCUGCUAAACUUUCGAAUGCGAGAUUUGUUUCCUGAAGAAAAAGUCCACUGGGGCUGUGAAGGGAAUGCUGCAAGCCUGAAAACGGAGACAAACGCAAACGGAGAAAUUGUCACUUUUUAUGAGUCUGUUGGCGCAAAUGGUACAACGGUUAAACAUUACUGUUCGUUUGAUAGUAGAAAAGGAUUGGAAGAUGCCAUCCGUCAAAGAAGAGUAAGUCUUCAGAAGGCUAUUGAGGUUUACAUGGAAGAGGUAUGUUACUAAAGAUUCCCUGUUUAAUGAACAAUUGUUCAUUUCCGAGUUCCAAAAACUCUCAUUUUCAAACGGAGCCACGUACAAACCCUUUCCUGUCCAAAUGAUGUUUUAUUUACGCUCAGCCUCGAUUUGAAACAGAGGCCUGGAGCAACUCGGACAAAUGGACUAUUCAAAAGGGAUUUGUUGAGCUCUUCUUGAGGAAGUUGUACAAAGAAGACAAAUUGCUGACUUAUUGCAUUCCGACGUCCUUUCAUUCACAAGGUUAAAGAUUUUUGAAUAAUGAAAGACAAAUGAUACCAGUAACGCUAUCUGAAAUCAGAUGAAAGAAUUGUUUAUUAUUCAAUAAUAAUAAUAAUAAUAAUAAUAAUAAUAUAUACGCCCUUAUUGAGCGCAUUUCCAUGCUCAAUUCGCUUUACGUGGAUAAGAAAAAGAAGGAAAAUAAGAAAGCUCUCUAGCCAAGGUGACAUAAUAUAUAUAUUGUACACUUUAAAACACUAGAAGAAUGUUAAGAAUAAAAAUCAAUGGAAAUAUUCCUUGAAUACUAAAUGUAGCAACACUUUCUGCAUUUUUUACAUAUUCUGGGAUAGUAUUUCAUAACUGAGGUGCUGCAGUGGAAAACGCGCGUCCUCCAUAUGUUUUGAAUUUUAUGGCUGGGGUGCAUUACAGCGAACGGGAUGAUGAUCGUAGGGGUUUUGAUGGAUGAUAUUUCUUAAUCGGAGGUUCCAGAUAUCCAGCAGAUCGUCCUUUCAAGAUUUUAUAUGUGAUAAAAACAAUCUUAAAGUUAAAACUUGCUUGCAUAGGUAGCCAGUGCAGGCUCUUUAAUAUAGAUGUCAUAUGGUCAGAACUGCUGGCUCUUGUUAUCAUUCGAGCUGCGGACAACAGCUUAAUCAUGAUGUAAGUAUGAUAGGAAAAUAUUUAUUCCUAGUCUUUUUUCAUCAUUUUUAUGGAAAUUUUUGCGUUCUAUUCCAGGGUCCUAACUCUAUUUCAGAUUUUUACCUGCCGGCAUGCACGGCGCCUUCUAGUGACCUGAUCGUUCAAGACAGUUUAAAAAGACAAACCACUAAGUCUGUGCCACCUUGGCAAAAAAUAGCAAGUGGCCAGGAAGGAUUUCGUGUUAUCUUUGACAUGGAAAAAGACAUAAUUGGCGCAGAAAACAAGAACAUUCCUGCAAACAUGAGUCGCAUUAUCAAAUAUACUGAUGGAAAAUGGACGACAGCGAAACAAGAUGGCUCUUUCCACUUGUACAAUGCCUUCAAUAACGGAGACAGUGGUGAUGUAAAGAAACACAAGUUGUCUGUAUUUGGUUUGAUUCUCUCGUUUAAUCAGAACAGCGGAGGUUUAGACUUGCUUCCACCAGAUUAUGAAGCUUCCAAGAGUUUUUUCCCAAAUAUUUCUCCCUUGUUGGUGGGAAAAACUCUUGCAAAAGUCGUUUCAGAAGCGGAUGUUGCCAGUAAAAUGCCAAGUAAAAGAACACUGACAAAAGAGCCCUGUAAUGUCAAAUGGUCAAAUGCUCUACGAUUUGAUCCUACAGACAAGAAAGGAAAGUGUAUUCAUUUUACUGCGACAACCGAAGGAAGCUUAUUCGUAGUGUUUUCUACAGUCCCCAAGAAUAAGAACUCAUGGUACUAUAUUGAAAUAGCCCCUGAGAGAAUAGCUAUGUACAAGGUAACGAAACUAACAUAGAAUUUGAUACGUUUGGACAUGAUUGAAUUUCAGGGGGUAAACACCUAGGAUACAAGCGGAUAAAGGGUAACCUUUUUUGUAUUAUUUGGGACAAUUCAGUUAAAACCUGGUAUCACUUACAUAUUCUUUUCCCCUUCCGCAAGUAAAUGCAUUGGAAUCAGUUUUGAAAAGUUAGUACACACUGUAAUUGUCGCCCCUAUUUUGAGUUUUGAUGAGGUCAUUACAGUAUUUUGUCUUUUGGUUACGUGAAUGCCAUGUUGGUUUAGUUUGACUUCCGCUUUUUCGUACUUUGCUCUUUUUAAUCUAAUUUAUAGCAACUUGUAUUCUUUUUGUUAAGUUAUGCUUUUCCGUGUAUUCUUUAAAGGGAACCCACCUGAAAACUUCAACUACCGAUCCAAACGCAGUAGCUCUUGGCGACCCAAACUUAAUGCAGUCUUUCUUCGUUUGCAUCACUGAAACAGAAUCGACGUCUCUUAUUGAAUACGGUAAGACACUGGGAACUACCGAGAGUGGUGAAAUUUAUUUAAACAUGCUGGAUACCAGUGAUCGCUUAAAAACACGGUUUUACGCCUUCGGAAACGGUGACAAACAGGUCGAUGUGAUAGACGCUCGGGUUGUGUCGCGUGACAUGACCCUGGCAGACUGCAAAGGGGAUACAUUCAUGGACCUGGAAACGAAGCUGUGCGUGCAGAAAUGUCACGAAGAUUGUGAUCCACUGUACGGUAAGUAAAAGCUUUACUGAUUAAAAAGUUGUAAUACUAACAUGUCACUACAAUUACGUAUUUACCUUUUUUUUACGUAUUUUAGAAAUGUUUAAUUACCUUCCUCCUAUAAGACAAUUUCCAUUUCCCUACCAAACAGCUGGCUGGCCUAGAUUAUAAGUGGCCCGAGGAUUUGAACUCGGGUCUACCUAGAACAAAGCCAAGUACCGGCUAACAAAACUGUCGCCCAGACUGGUUUGUCGACGUCUCGAAUCAAAAUAAAACGCAUCGCCUUUUUUCACGCUACUUUCACCCAAUCUGCCUCUAUGGGGAGUGAAACCACUCUUAGGGCGCUUUCCAUUUGUCACAACUUCCCGACAAGACCAUUUCCGUCUUAAUAAGAAAUUUCACUUUUAAUCAAAACUAUCCAGCCAGAUCAGUCAAAUCCUAAAUAGUACGCACGAAGGAGAUGGCUUUUCAGCAACAACCCUUUGGAAAAAGCCGAUUUCAUUUGCUAACUGACUGGUUCGGCAAUGGUCUGGCUGGUCAGUUCCGACAAAUGGAAAGUGCCCUAGGCAUAAAAAAGUUCUGGUAUGCAGUCCUUCGUCUUGCUUGGAUUACAUUUAAGAAAAGACGUCGAUGAACUUCACCUAAUUUGGAAGACAUGCUAUUCCAAACGUCGUUAAGACUUUAUCUACAAAAGCCAUAUGCUAACUAAAACAAAACCAACGUAGUUAGGUUGCAAACCUACGUGUUGUGCGUGCGGACCGGAAGGCCGUCUGAGGCCAUUUUGAAUCGAACAUAUUUUAUUGAUAACAAUGCUAACUAUUAAAUCCUAUUUAAAAUUAAUUCACUUAAAAAAAGACUAUUCUGUCAAAACACUAUUUACAAUUCCUUUCGUUUAAAAAAAACAAUUAGUUUUGAUUAGAAAAAAUUCAUUUAAAAUUUCAUUUUUGUUUGUUUUACCCUCUCUGUUAUCAAGAAUGAAUUUCGCGCUCUCAAGUGAAAAGGUCUCGGGUGCAUGUCACCUUAUUUUGGGUUUGCCUCAACCACGUUUUUUAACAGCCAACUGGUAUCCACGGAUUGAGAGAACAAUCAAGUAUUUAAAUAUUUUAUUUUUACAUCAAUUGAAGGUUGUCAAACCAGCUCAUCCAAGAACCCGCUGCCUACAGAAUGCAACGUAUGCCGGGUUGCCAAAGAUUCAAAAACUGGGACUUGCCUGCCGGACUGUGAAGAACCUAACAUCCUUACAAAGGAUAGAUACUGCAUAGAUAGAUCAGGUAAUUGUGUUUUGACUUUCCAUUUUCUUUGCCAUUGACCAUGUCGUAUACGACGAUCAACGUAACAGGGAUCCUGUUUAUCCGCACCUUUCUCUGUUUACGCACAUAAUGCAUUAUGGGUCAGUCACGUAAAAAUCUCCAGGUCACAAUUGUUGUGGUAUAAAGUCGUUUCAUGAUGACAAACAAACAGGAGCUGAAUUUUUACGAUGCUGCAUAGUGUUUACGUAUGAGCUCACCUGUCAACAGUUUGAACAGUCAGAGAUUUGGAUGGGUCCUGGAGAGUGACCAACCUAUUAAAAAGCAAAUCCUCAAAUCUUAUAUUCGAUUUCUUUUUUGUGGUAAGUCAAACUCAACAAACUUUAAUCUACAUUUUUACUUGAGUAAAUCUAUUAGUUCCCUUUAAACUGGUUCUAAGCCAAGACAAAAGAAAGAUGCAUUUCUUGUACUCCCUUCAUCUUCCCUAACCUACCCUUGCAGCCUGCAAAGGCGGACAGACAGACAGGUGGACGCUGACGUCAUUUUAAAUUUUCCUACUUCGAUGGGUUUCCAUUUUCUAUAGCAAUGGAGGCUAUAGGAACUGUCUUUUUUGCGCUUUUCAGCUACACGAAACAUCUUCUGACGCCUAACGUGCGAAAAAUUGGAGAUUUUCAUAUUGCACGUGAGAUCUUACCUUUUGCUUACUUUUAUUAUCAGCCACGUAUGACGUACGGCCUAAGUUACUAUUCAACGCGGGAAUUCAGAUCCGACCUAUCACCCCCUUACCAGAAGUUACCAUUUGCUUUUGGUACCGUUUGGUGUCUGACUCUAUUUUCCCAUGGACUACAGUAUUCUACAAUGUGACUGGAAGCAAGACGCAGGGUUUGUAUCUGGGAUGGGUGUUUCAUCCUAUCACGGCUUCAUCGAAAUUUUAUGUAAGACUGAGGACCCCGUCUGGAGACGUGAAAACAACAGACACGAUUGGCAGGUAGGAAAAGAGAAUACCUCAUUUGCUUAGCGAAAAAUUAAGCGCUCGGUCAUUACCUUACUUACAGUUACACUUAGGGUGACUUCAAUGGGACCGACUCACACUUGUCCACCGGAUUUCUUGUUAUUGGUUAUCAGCAUAAAAUUCAUUUCGUCCUAAGGAGUGAUUUUGAGUAGUUUUGUACUGUUAUUGAAGAAAAAUCAAAAUGGAAUACAAUGGCAGUAUGGGCAGUGAGAUGGCAACAAUCACGCCGUGACACUGACUGGCAAUUAUAUCACUACUGUCAUAGCCAACCCGCCGGGGAGGGUACUCCCUAUAACAGCAUAUACGGGGAGGUUCCCGCGCAAAAUUGGUACCAUUUUCAGGCUUUAGGUAUAUGAAUGGACAGGGAAAUCACAAGCUGAAGUAAGCCAGGAAAAUCAUACCGCCGAGAGUACUGGCUCAGACCUCACCGUUUAAAAUUUUAUUUAUUAGUAUUCGCACACACCCAAGUCCUAACCGCAGCCUCUGUAAAACCGUUCGACUUCCUUCCAGUAAACUAUUUAAGGGUAUUAGCAAUUUAUUUUUUAUUUUGGUUCUCUUUGUUCCCGAAUUGGCCUUUUUUAAUAGUUAGCCUUCAUAUUAACUUCACCUAAGUGGCCACUGUACGUACUAGGAAAACUAUCCAUAAUGAUUUUUAACUAUAAACAUAGUUCAACCAUUAGAUGAUUACGUUUUCUUUUCUUUUUUAUAGCAAGAGCGGUAUUUUCACAAAGCCUCAUUUAGCAGACAAAAAAUGGCAUCAUAUAUGCGUUUCAUUUUCCGGCAAAAGUGGAGUAGUCAUGCAGUACCUUGAUGGUGAAACGAAGGCAUCCGAAACCCUGAUUGGCCAUGAACUGGACGGUGGUGGAACUUUGACAUUCGGUUAUAAAUUCAUCACAGAUUACUAUCUCACGGGGCUAAACCUUUGGGACAGAGUACUGUAUGCGCAGAAAAUACAAGAAAUUGCAACCUCUUGCUUCAAGGGACUUGGAAAUGUUAAGAAUUGGUUUGAUUUGACUGAAAAAGUCAAAUUAUGGCCGCAGAUGUUGAUGGGAAGAUCCAGUCCUUCCCAAUGUCGAUCUCCAAUAGAGGUGAAAAGGGAAGAGGAGAAGCAGGAA